AUGAGCUCGCUCUGCUCUUAUUCAUCUAUCUGGGAGAAGCUCAAGAGCGCUUGGCAACUACAACCAUACUCUAACCUACUCAUGAAUUUUCACGUGGCUUGCACAAGAAGCAACUUCAACCGCUUCCUUGCUUUUUAUACUAUAUUAAUUUUUGCGAAUGCGUUUCUUUUGCAUUUCUCUGAUUGGAAUUUAUUCUAUGCAAAAAAGACACCUAGAAAAUAUGUUGGAUACCACUUGGGCUGGGGUCGCCUUGGAAAUCAGUUGUUCCAUUUGAUUACCGGAUAUGGAAUCGCCAGAACUUUGCACAGGACCCAUUACUUGCCAUCAGGUCGUGCGAAAAACCAUGUUGAAAGAUAUCUUAUAUACAUAGCAAAAGUAUUUCCUCGUUUGAGGCAUACCUACGUUUUUGCGGACAUUGGAGUCGCCCAGACUGAAGUCAAAUUUGCUGAUAGAUGGAAUUCCUAUAGCAACCCAUUGAGGCUGAACAAUCUCACCGACCAGUACUUGCUGUUGAAUAACAGUUUUUUGCAAAAUAGAAAAUAUUUUGAAGGCUACCUUAGAGAUAUACGCAGCUUAUUAAAAUUUUCAGAAGAGGUCAGAAAGAAUGGGAUUGAAGAGCUUCGUUUACUGAAAAACCACACUGAGUCGAUGUGCGUACAUGUUCGUAUGACGGACUUUAUACAGUGGGAGAGAGCUUCUGAUAUGAACAGUACAGUCAAAGCUGCUAGGUCAAUUGCCAAAAAAAUGAAUAUCUCACAUUUUAUGAUUUUUGGAGAUGAUAAAGAGUUUAUGGCCAACAUGUCACAAGCUAUUGUAAGCGGUGAAUGGAGAGACGACGCUGUAAUCGUUUCCCACUAUGAAGAGUCCAUAGAUUUGUUUUUGGCAUCACAAAUUUGUAGCUCCUUUUUGAUUUCCGCUCCUACUUCUACUUUUGGUUGGUGGCUUGCCUUUUUCGUCUCCAACCAAAAUGCUGUGUAUUACCUUAAUGGCACACACGCGAGAGGGAAUUUAUCGCUCAAAAAGGAUAUGCUUCUCAAAUCAUGGCGACUCUACACUGACUAGACAGGCCAUCAUCCUGAUUUUGAUGGAACUUCCACAGAGCUGCGACAGGAAGUACUUUGCAGAUUUGUUUGUCAGAAAUCUUGCUACAGAUCUACACAUGUUUGAUAUCGAUGAUUUGAAGUUUUGUCAUUUAUUUAUUUUUUGUACCAAGACAUUGCUACAGUGUUCUUUUUUUUUCAUCUUUGGUUUCUUUAAAUGAGUCUUCUUCUUGAUUUUCCGGCAAUACAGGUUUUGUAGUGAUUUUAGUUGUUUUUGAUCAUCCCAGUUUCAUUCGCAUCCUCUUUUUGCUGAGCUAACAAAGAAAUAGUCAACUGACAGAACUUUUGCAC